ACAUACGAUUGCAUGAUUCCCAGGUGGUUAGAAAUUUUUAUUCAACUAAAUUUGACUAUCACUAUGACAAUGGUCUGUAUUAUUUUUUUUACUAAAUUAUAACCAGUUAUUUUACAAUUGAAGGACAAUACUGCCUGGAAUAUCACUAACCUGUAUGUAACUUAAAAAUCAUAGAUUUUGGUAGUAUAAUUACCUACAAUACACUAGUAGUUAUUUUUGAUCACUCAAAUUGUUCCUAGAUUUCAGUUAACAAGGGUUUCGCUCAACAUAGUUAAACUGAAACAGUAUAGUCGGCAAAGCUGAUCUCUUCAUAAAAGGCAGUUUGUCAGAUAUUAGGAAAAGCAGAGGUAUCUGUUAACAGUUUGAAAUAUAUGUGAUUUUGGUAUAUAUAUAUAUAUAUAAUUUCAGCAAACAUGUUUUGUACUUUAUUACAAGAAUCAAUAUCAAAACCGAUGUGCGAAAUCAAUAAUAGAUCCAUAUAUUUGCUCAUCGAAUCACGAUGUUUUCAGUAUGAAGCCAACUAUUCAUCUAGAUAAAAAUAUUUGAUUUGUUCUCCAAAACCUGUUGUAUGUGCUAUCACCGAUCAAUAAAAGAUGAUAUAUUUGUUAUCUGAGCUACUCAUUUUUAGAAUUUAUGCGUUUCUUGAGGAUUUUUACUGAUUAAUUGUAUGUGACAAUUAUAUUUAAUUAAUCUCAGUGAUUGAAAUUUAAAUAAUUCCAGCGUUUCUUCCAGCAAACCUGUCUGGACUUCUUCAGGGUAAUAACCAAAAUAAUCAAAUAUAUAUAGACUACAUAUUUCUUUAAAACGGAUUUAACUUUUAGUUAGAGAACUUUUGAAAAAAACUGACGACAAUAUUCAGACUGUAAAUUAAGAGCAUUCGACGAUUGGGUGCACUAUUCACCUUUGAUUAGUUAGUUAUAACCAAUGACAGCCUAAACCAAAUAAAUCCUUCAUUAUUCGAUUCCUGGAUCUGAAAAAGUUGUAUAUAUUUUGUACACUAAGCUACGCUUGUUAAGUACUAACCCGAAGCUGUUUCUGAGUAAUCUGUACCCCAAUUUUAAAACAUUCUUAUUAAUAUAGUUGUCUUUUAUUAACUAAAGUAUUUAUUUUACGUACAAACGUUGUGUAAUCUCCUGUUUUAUCUUUUUGCUUACAUUACAUUUCUUUAGCCAUAUAUGCUAUUUAGAUUCAGACCUGACUGAUCUGUUUUAACUUUCCAAAAUUAUGUACAGUAGAUCUUUAUUUAAUUUAGUCAUCAUAUUAGGUAAUGUGACUAUCAGAUUACAGAGAUCAUGGCGCUUGUUAAUAUGUUUAAUGUUUAUACCAAAUCAUUUAGUUCCAGAAUACGUCAAUCACUGCUGAGUUAGUUUUUGUAAACUUAAAAUUCGGAAAUGAUUAACUAUUCUUUUGGUUCUGUUUGAAAAAUAUUGCAUCUUGUUCAGUGGUGUUCUCUUUGUUAUUUUGAGGGACGAAAUCUAAUGUACUUGACCUAUAAGUUACUUCAGAAUGGAUAGAUCAAUAAAUUAUAUCGUUACACUUUAUUCAACGCUCAACAUUAGAUGUAUGAAAGAUAUUAACCAAGAUGUGAUAGCUGAUUGCAGUCCUGUGUGAAAGUUUGAAGAGAUGGAUAUUUAUUUUCAGAGUGUUAUUGAGAGGGGUUUAGGAUGUUAUGGUGAUGCAAUUUCUAAAUUGUUAAAAUAAUGAACAAAAUACUAAUCAGUGAAUACACAGUGACACAAUGUGCUUGACUUAUAACUAUCCUUAAGACUGGAUUAUCGAAGUAAUAUUGAUGUUAAAAGCGAACACAGCUACCCAGCAGAACGAGUUUUUUUUUCGGUUAAAUAAGAUAUACAUAAAUUACUAAGCUGGUAAAUCAACACAACUAAAUGUCGUUUGAAACAUAAGCGAUUAAACACUGUAGGUCAUUCAGGGGUCAUGCAAACUAAAGUUUGACUCUAAGACUACUCUAUUUCUCUGUAUCAGCGUAAAGUUCUGCUUUAAUGUGUUCGUUUAAAAAAGAAUCACUGUGGAGAAAUCCCAUAAUGCCCUUGUUUUUUAGAUUGUGAACUAUAAUGAAUGCAACAAGUUAUAACGGAGUGGAUGGCAAGGAUGAUAUUCUAUCCUACUUGGAAAAAUUAUCCAAAACGGAACUUGAAGCCUUAUUAUCUGAUCAUGAAGGCAUAAAAAAGCUAGCUAAAAAUUGUCCUGAUAUUAAAAAGAUCGAGUCUGACAAAGAAGCCUGCAUGAAUGAAAACCGACGUCAAGCUGAAGCAAAUCUAUCUAUGGAACCAACUUUCAAUAUGAUCAAAACGGAGCUUGUAGAAACCUAUUCUAAUUACAGACAAUUAGAAAAUGAAUAUAUGAAACGUAAAUCAGAAGUUGACAACAUCGGUACAAAAUACUCUCCGAGUGUAAUUCUUGCUUUGUUACAAACUGCCAACGCACAAGCAGAAGAACAAUCUGAAGAACUGGCUAGUCGAUUUCUUGACAAAGCCAUGGAUGUUGAUGCAUUUUUGAAAGAUUUUAUUCCUCUUCGUAAACUAUGUAAUGAACGUAGAUUUAAAUGCGAAAAGUUAGCGGAGCAAUUAUCGUCUGGUCAUAUAAGGGCAUCAAGCUUUUCCAAUACUCCUCAUUCAUCAUAUGUACCUAAUGUGAUGACAAAUUCAGAUGUGUCAGCCAGUACAUCACAGCUUUAUCCUUCAUUACUAUCUCUAAGUAGUACGAGUGACCAUUUACCACCAACUUAUGGCUUUAAAAUGUAAACAUGUUGGACAGAUGUAUGUUUGUUUGUGCUUGCUUCUGUGCAUGUAAACAGAUAUUAGAUUUAAUCAUUUCUUUUGUCAACCAAAUAGCAUAUUUGGAUCUACAUUCAGCGGUGAUGUGUUGAGAUUGAACUCUUUAAAAAUAUUAUUAAGUACUCAGAUUCAAUUGUUUUUAUAUUGCUCAUUAGAACAGUUAAAACAAGAAUAGUAAUUGUGCGUUUUCUUAAUUUACUUUCUUUUCAGCCGACUUUAAUAUUGUCUUUUUUUGUAAGGAACUAAACCAAA